CAAAAUUUUCCGGGUAAUACUCAAUAGAUUCCGGGAAAUACGUGAUGAAUCAUGUUUGCCGAUUUUCUUUCUAAUUAAUAACAUGACGAUGUCUUCAAAGGAUCCAGACGCUCUAGUUUAUUUUACAGGGAAAGAGCUGGAAGAGGGACGAAUGGUCCAAUCUUUCAAAAGGUUUUUACUCAAAGAGAUACAGGGACGCGUAAAACUGGCAAGAAAUGAUGUUACUGAUCCCCUAGAGUAUGAUUUUUCUCAUGUAGUUCGUGGCAUCGCUAUUGUUAUCAGUAACGGAAUAUUCAACCCAGACUCUGGUUCCAGAAUGGAGGAAAGGUCGUAUGCAGAAAUAGAACUUCGCAAAAUGAAAGAAAUGUUUUCUGGACUGGGGUUUAUUGUAAUGUUGUUCAAGGAUCUAAGAGCAACACAAAUGUAUGAUGUCAUAAAAGCAGUUACCUCACAAGAUAUGGAUUUUUUCCUGGAUAAAUCGGAUGCCUUUGCUUGUGUUCUUGCUUCACACGGAAAUGAAAUUCAGGAAGACAACCCAGUCGACCCCAAUAUUAAGAACUACCACCACAUUAUAUAUGGGACAGACAGACCCAUUAGAACUCAUUAUUUGUUAGAUCUGGUCCACGAAAGACGAUGUAAAAAACUACAGGGUAAACCAAAAAUGUUUUUCAUACAGGCCUGCAGAAGUCGAUUUAACGAUCCAAAUCGUUUUGGUACCGGUGUCAAGGUACAAGUCUCCAACAAUCGUCAUGUAACACAAUCAGGACGUGAUAAAUAUGAAAGUAUUUCUACAGACCCCACCUUAACCUCUGAAGACACGAAAUCAAAAGGCAACUCUACACCGGAAGAAUCCCCAUGUCAAGACAAACUAGAGAAUGGAAGCAAUGAAUCUGAUAUACCCGAAUCUCCUUCAAAUAAGGAUCCCUUUUCAUCAGGCGACAGAGCAUCUUCACAAGAAAUUGGUGAUGACGUAGGAAACAAGGGCUGUACCAAUCAGAUUUCAGAGGAACGCUCUUCGGAACCUCCGCCUGAGGAUGAAGAAGAUCUCGCCGAGCUAUCCCAUAAACUAAAUUUACAGGAACUCAUUCCCUGUUGGGAAGUUGAAAUUAUACGUGAGGAAACAGAUGACAUUUCUGAGGAUCCAACAGAAGACAUUUCUGAGGAUCCAACAGAAGACAUUCCUGAGGAUCCAACAGAAGACAUUUCUGAGGAUCCAACGGAAGACAUUCCUGAGGAUCCGAGUAUUAUUCAAAGGGGCUUUAAAUGGGUUAAGAAGCGUGUCUUCAAAAAGAUAGAUAGGGUAGCCAGAAAUGAGGACGAGGCUGCAGGAGAUUCAGUGACGACAGUAGCGACACCAUGUCACAAUGAUUAUCUUGUCAUGUACUCCACUUCCCAAGGGAAAGCUGGCUUUGGUCGGGAAAAGGAAGGCGGUUGGAUGAUUCACGUCAUGCAUGGGAUCAUGGUUAAACACAUUGAAUUCAUUGGUCAGGAUAGGCGGAACUGCUUAGACUUCCUGUCUGUUAUGACAUGCGUGAUGCGUUUUAUUGGGUUUUAUUACGAAACUGACACCGGAAAACCGAACACUUCUGGUUUUAAAACGGCACCUACAAUGCAGCAUAAAUUGUCAAAAGAUCUUAUUUUUAGAAAUAAAUACCCAAAGACAUCCUAAAGCUGAACUGUUGUGAUACUUUUUUGUGCAUGCUCAUUAAUUGUUGUAUUUGAUGGCAGUUCCAUCCUCCUGUGAUGUC